ACAAUAAAAAAAACUUUCUUUGCAAUAUUCUCGUUAUCGAAAGCAAUCUGGAAUGAACGAAUAUCACAAGCAUAAGGUUCCUAUUCAUCAAUGCCUUCAAUAAAUGAAAGAAAAGUUACGGAAGCACAGAUAUACUUGAAAUAGAUUGCUCCAAUUUGGUGUGUUGUUUGUCAUAAAUGGGUGAAUUCCUAAUGUUUUAAUAAUUCAUAAUACCUAAAAUCAGAACUGAGUAUUGUGACAAUAUUCGUUAAUUGUCAAAAUUUGUGAAAAAUUAUCCAAAUAGUUACACAUUACAUGAACAAAAAUUGAAUAAAUUUGUGAGAUACAUUUGAAUGUUGGCUGUGCGGGAUGCCAGCUCCAGUCUUAUCGCUGUUUAUUUUUAGCGACAUCAUUCCGUUUGAAUUAUUUACCUACACUCAACUUUGCAAUUUUAUCAUCAAUUUACGUGCUGUUGUGAAGUUGAUUCUAGGGAUACGGAAAAAUCGAUUGUCGGUUCUAUAAAAAAUGUCUCAUAAAUUUGAUGUUGUGGUGUUCGGCUCGUGUAUCGUGGAUUUCAUUAGCUACGUUCCGCGUCUUCCGAAAAUCGGUGAGACAUUGCACGGUACAAAGUUUGUAACAGGCUUUGGUGGUAAAGGUGCCAAUCAAUGCGUUGCGGCGGCACGAUUGGGCAGUCGGACAGCUAUUAUCGGGAAACUUGGCGACGAUCCGUGGGGGAAAAAUUAUCACGAUGCUCUCCGUUUGGAAGGUGUAAACGUUGAACAUGUUGAUAUUGUUGAUGGCGAAAGUACGGGAAUUGCUCAAAUUAAUGUAGCUGAAAAUGGAGAUAACCAGAUCGUCAUCGUGGUCGGUGCCAAUAAUUGUUUAGAACCAGCUGAUGUACACAAGGGCGCGGAGUUGCUAAGUAACGCAAAUGUUUUAGUUUGUCAACUGGAAACUCCUUUGAAUGCUACCAUUGAAGCAUUGAAAAACUUCGCCGGUACUUCCAUCAUGAAUGCGGCCCCAGCAUUAGAGUCUGUUCCCCUCGAUCUUCUGGAGUAUUCCACAAUAUUUUGCGUGAACGAGACGGAAGCGGCUCUGCUCACGGGGUUACAAGUUGAGACUGUUAUGCAUGCCAAAGCUGCUCUCUUGAAGUUACGGGACAUGGGGUGUGGAACUGUCAUAAUUACGCUGGGAGAAAAAGGUGCGAUUUUUGCCAUGAAAAAUAGCACGAAAGUCAAACACGUGAAACCAAUUCACGUAGAACGUGUUGUUGAUACCACGGGUGCCGGAGACGCAUUCAUCGGAGCUUUGGCACACUUUAUCGCCAAAAAUCCGUCCACUGGAUUGACCGAAUGUAUUGCUGCAGCGAAUCGAGUGGCAGCUAUGUCAGUACAGAAACCCGGAACCCAGAUAAGUUUUCCCCGGUUUGAGGAAACGGGUCUUCCUUUGGACGUGUCAUCAUACCAAAGCGAAUGGGAGUAUAUUUGAAGAUCCCGGGGGAGUGAUACUUAUUUCCAUAUAUGUUUGCAUUUUCUUAUUGAUAACUGAAUAAAGUUUUAUUUGAUGUUA